AUGUCUGCUCCCAAGGGUCGUCUCCAGGGCAAGAAUGCCAUCAUCACCGGUGCCGCCGGUGGCAUCGGCCUCGAAACCACCAUUCUGUUCGCCCGCGAAGGCGCCAACGUCCUGCUCGCCGAUAUCUCCGAGCCCGCCCUGGCCAAGGCCCUAGCCAAGGUCAAGGAAGUCGUCCCGACCGCGGCGCGUCUCGAGACCAUCCGUUGCGAUGUGUCGAAGGAGGCCGAUGUGCAGGCAAUGGUGGAAUCGCAGGACAGCUGGGGCGGCGUGGAUGUGAUCUUCAACAACGCCGGAAUCAUGCACGCGGAUGACGCCGACGCCGUCGACACCCCCGAGAAGAUCUGGGACCUGACCCAGAGCAUCAACGUUAAGGGUGUGUGGUUCGGCUGCAAGCACGCAGUGCUGAGCAUGCGCCGCAAUAACAAGAAGUCCGGCAGCGUGAUCAACACGGCGAGCUUUGUCGCGCUGAUGGGUGCUGCCACGCCUCAGCUGGCGUACACAGCGAGCAAGGGUGCGGUCCUGGCCAUGACUCGCGAGUUGGCCAUUCACCCCCUCCUCCUGCAGGACUGGCUGGGCGACGACCAGGCCAAGCGCUUCCGCCGCGAGGUGCAUUUCCCCAGCGGCCGCUUCGGCGAAGCGGUUGAGCAAGCACACGCUGUGGUGUUCCUGGCCAGCGACGAGAGCAGCUUCGUCAACGGUACCGACUUCGUGGUGGACGGUGGUCUCAGCAAGGCGUACGUGACCGCGGAAGGCCCCGCACCGGCUGCGCCUCAGAACUUCGGCCACUAG